CUGAGACUUGUUGAGAAGAUGGAGAAGCUGCGGGUGGAGGUGAAGAUGUGUGGUGGAUGCUCAGCAUCAUCAUCAUCUUCAUCAUCUUCCUCCCACAGCAAAUAAAUGAGUCAACAUGGCCGCGGAGCAGCUCGCCCUGUAGCAGACUCGGAAUAAACCCGCACUCAGAUUAAAUGGCGUUCAUGUCCCGGUUCUCCCGGUCCCGGAGCAGCUCCAGGUCUCCGAACCGAAAAGACUCGGAGCGCGCCUCCCCGGUGCUGACCGUGUCCGAGCUGGAGAGGCUGCUGUACACCGGCAAAACAGCCUGUAACCACGCAGACGAAGUGUGGCCGCGGCUCUACAUCGGAGAUCAGGAUAUUGCAUCAGACCGACGCGAGCUCGCCAAACUUGGCAUCACACACAUCCUCAACUGCGCGCAGAGCAAGUGGCGCGGCGGAGCCGAGUAUUACGCCGGCAUGAACAUCACCUAUCACGGCAUCGAGGCUCACGACUCGCCCACGUUCGACAUGAGCGUCAACUUCUAUCCUGCAGCUGAGUUCAUCCACAAAGCUCUCUCGAGCGGAGGUAAGGUGCUGGUCCACUGCACCGUGGGCGUGAGCCGCUCGGCCACUCUGGUGCUGGCCUACCUGAUGAUCAGACAAAACCUGACGCUGGUGGAGGCCAUCAAAACAGUGAAGGACCACCGAGGCGUCAUCCCCAACCGCGGUUUCCUCCGCCAACUUAACGGCCUGGACGGCAUCCUGAGAGAGAGCCGGAAGACGUCACCGCAGAGCUGAAAACCGACUCAACACUCGUACAACAAACAGCCGGCAGGCAGCAGCCGGUCUGGUUACACUGAGGGAGGUAAUGGGACCAAGUUAGGAUGUCUGUGUUUGACGCUGUGGCUCUGUAGCAGCAGGUGAUAACAGGGAUCGACUGAAAUCUUCAGACUCAAUUCAUCCAGUUUUAUUUGUUAUUUAUUUUAUAUUUUAUAUCGCUGUUUAUUUGUGCUGAGCGCCUGAAACAAUGCGAGUUCUGGACAUCCAUACACGGUAUACGGAAAGUCGCGUGUACGCAUGGGUUUAAAACCCUUUAAUGAAGAAUUCAUUUAAAUCAUGGUCAGUUUUAUUGAUCAUAGAUUUGCCUCAAAGUAUUUUCCAAUCAAUGACACCUUCUAUCCUUCAGACACGGUCACACCAGAACUUAAAACAACAAACUGAGUUUAUACCGUUGACCAACAGCCAGACUGAGUUCAAAAUGAAGGAUGCCAUCGUAGCCCUGCAGCUGCUUUGCACGAUUUAAUUUAACCUCCCAUGUUGGAGUAUAAACCGCUGCACAAGAGAUCAAUGUUUUUAGCCAGUUAUGAGAAUAAACUGUGCGAAGGUAUUGUCCCGUUAGCUCCCGAGCUGCACACUUGCCGGCUCAGAGAGCAUUUUCACCCCGUUAGUAACUCUUAAUGAAAUAAAAUGAUUCACGUUAGUGUGAAAGACUAGUGCUAAUGUAUUAGCCUAAGGUAUUAACCAUUAACUGGCCAACUACAUUAGUUUAUUAGUCUAGUCUAACUAGUUAGCUGUGCCUCUUUCUGGUGUGGCCGAGGCCUCUAAAACGUUCUUUAGAUUUAGAAAAUCAGAAUUGAACAAUAACACCAUAAGCUAAAAAAUGGUUCAUACAAAGGGGUCAUACGUUAAGUCUGAAAUGUCACAAGAUGAAGGUUGUUUGUUUGAUUAUUACAUUUCUUAAAUCUUUGUUUUUUUUUCCCAAGUGAAAUACUGAAGAAAUGAAACCUCUUCAGACUCUAAAACCGAUACGACAUAACUGAAAUAUCUCCUCGGUCUAUUUUGAGCGCGGGUCUUUGAAAAUAACACGAAUCAAACUGCCAAAAAUAAUCUUAAAAUCAAAACAAACUUUGGUCAAACUGCUCAAAGACACAUUGAACCAGUUGUCCAUAAAGGUUCACAAAAAUGCUGGGAACCGCUGUGUUUUUAUAUCUAAUCAAACUUCAGACCAUUCCACUUGAACCUGAUGUUUUAUCACCACAACAGCUGCAGAAAAGUAAAAAAAAUUAAAGCUUUGAAUGAAGGCGAUUCCACAGAGGUCUUAAAAUGAGCUGAAGUAAUCCUGAAUGUCUCUUGUACUCAACUUAUCAUGAACAUUUUGGUCCUCAGAACAUCAAGAGGUAAAAUUAAAUUACCUUUAUCAACACAGGCAUAAAGUUCCAUUGUCAAUGGUCUCUCUCAGUUUUUAUAAUCUUAUUUUCUGACCAAAAUCAAAACCACCAAAUUAGCUACAGAGACCAAAACUGUUUUUUGUACCAGGCUGUAAACAUGUUUAUUUCUGCUGUGAAGUUGGA